ACGGGGUUCCCGGAAAUUGACCGAUGCCCGACGAUGGCAUCAGUCAAAGUGGCAGUCCGAGUGCGACCUCUCAAUGAGAGAGAACUCGUUCACGACGCACAUUCCAUCAUCCAAGUUCAAGGUCGUCAAAUCCAACUUCUCUCGCCCACCGGCGACUCACCAAGCUACGAUUCGACGCGCACGAAAACAUUUACGUACGAUUUCUCGUAUUGGUCAGCCGACGCGCGCGAUGCUCACUUCGCCUCUCAAGAGAAGGUUUUCUCCGAUCUCGGCUCGAUCGUGCUCGACGCCGCCUUCACUGGCUACAAUGCGUGUGUGUUUGCUUAUGGACAGACAGGCGCCGGCAAGACGUUCUCGAUGAUGGGAUGGGAGGGAAACGCCGGGCUGACGCCUCGUAUAUGUCAUGGGCUGUUUGGAAAGGCGGCGGAUGGAGAGGACGGUGCGACUUAUCGGGCUGAAGUGAGUUAUUUGGAGAUCUACAAUGAGCGUGUGAGGGAUCUGAUGGUGGAAGGUGAUAAGAACAGGAAGCCGCAUAAUCUGCGAGUUCGUGAACACCCGAUGUCUGGUCCAUACGUCGAAGGUCUGUCUAAACACACUGUCACAUCAGUGAGCGAAGUUCUUCGUCUCAUCGAGCUCGGCAACAGCAACCGAACGACAGCGGCCACACAGAUGAACGAUGUGAGCAGCAGAUCGCACGCAAUCUUCACAAUGAACUUCACACAAGCGAGAAUCGAAGACGACAUUCCAUGUGAAACAGCAUCAAAGAUCAACCUUGUCGACUUGGCCGGCAGUGAACGAGUAGAAGCGUCGGGAGCCACUGGUGAUCGUCUACGUGAAGGAUCAAACAUCAACAAGUCACUAACGACUCUCGGUCUUGUCAUCUCGGCUCUUGCAACUCGCAGUCAGAAUGCCCUCAGAGAGACACACGACAAUAAGACGACAUUCGUGCCAUACAGAGAUUCAGUUUUGACUUGGUUGUUGAAGGAUUCGCUCGGUGGUAACGCAAAGACUGUCAUGUUGGCCGCUAUUUCACCAGCAGAUAUCAACUAUGGAGAGACACUCAGCACUUUGAGGUAUGCAAACAGAGCGAAGAAUAUUGUCAACAAACCAGUUGUUAAUGAGGAUCCGACUGCAAGAUUGAUUCGUGAGUUACGCAAAGAGAUCGAAGAUUUACACAAACGUCUUCAUCUCGUGUCAGAGCAACAAAGUCCGUCCGAGAAACACUUGCAGACUCGACUUCAUCAGAACGAGGCUCUUGUUGCUACACUCACCAAUCAGUGGGAGGAAAAGUGGCAGCGAGCACACACUAUCAUGCAGAGCAAAGGAUUGACUUUGUCUGAUGCGGGAGCUACUGUGACGGUUGACACUGAGAAGCCGCAUUUGGUGGCAAUUGAUCAUGAUCCUUUGAAUGCUAGUGUGACCAUGUGCUAUUUACAAGAAGGUCAAUUUCACAUUGGAUCUGAUGCCAGUCUUGACAUUGUCCUUCAAGGAAAAGGAAUAUUGAGUCAUCAUUGUGUAAUCUCUGUGGUGGAUGAUAAUGUGAUGUUAGAACCAAGCAAAGGAGCUCUCUGCUCUCUUGAUGGAGAUGAAGUUGUCAAGGAAACAAAACUUUGGCAAGGUUGUAUAAUAAAGUUGGGUGAGAGUCAUCUGUUUCGUUUUAAUCAUCCGGCUGAGGCUCGCAGGAUGAGGGAAAUGGCAGAUACAGAACAAAGUAACACACAGUUUCAGAGAGCCAUUACAGCAGAGAAGCUAGGGUUGACACCUCCACGAAAAGGCAGUACCCAAGGAGGUAGGUGGCCUGGUCAUGCCAGUCUUGAACUUGAGAUUGACGAAGGUUUAGACAAACUUCGUGAAGGCCAGAGAGUGAUGGAGGCUUUGUUCAGACAGCACAAGCAGAAGCCAGUAGAGCCGGUGAUAAGCGAGUGCGACCGUGACAUUUGGAUGAUUGAAGAAAAGAUCAGACAAGAUCAACACAGACUCAACAUGCAGCACACAAAACUGAGAAAACUAAGAUUACAGAUGGCAUCAUCACAGACUCCAGUUACCAAUGACGAAGCAGGUUUUACUCGUCAAGACACCAAACCGCAAGCUCCAUUAUUCAAGUCCCAUUCUGCGUCCGAACUCGACGAUGUGGAACUAGAGAUGACCUACAGGCCAAGAUGGAGCACAUCCGGCCCUUACUCCACACAAUACGCAACACCAAAGGAGCGAAUGGAGCGAGUACAUCGCGACUCGGCUUCUCUCCAAGUUCAAAUUGACGAGACAGAGCAGCGACUUCAGGCCGAACGAGAGACACUGAGAAUCCUGAGACAGCAACAGUUGGGCGUCGACAUUCAGUCGGUCGAUGACAAGUUGAGUGAGAGCAUGAAGUUGGUGACGUACGAUGAGGGAGACUCGCCACAGGAGACGGAAGUUCGGUAUCAGACGGACUCCGGUUCGUCGUGGGUCGUUGUGAACAGGAGGACGGCGCAGGGAAGGAGCAGCCCGGCUACAGAUCAGAUGCAGUUGGAUGCUCAUGGAAAGGUCCCACGAAAAACAGUCCUGGAAGUGUUUUACUGUUCAAAGGAUAACGUAACUAGGAUUCAGCCAGCUGCUAUUGCUGGUCCUUUGCGAGACGAAGAUGUCAACAUCUUUGAACGAUCCGUACAAGAUCCGAGCUUCGACUUGGAGUCACUCAGCGAAGCGAAUCUCAUGGACAUGGAGCAGCCGAUGGGACGGAGACCGGAGACAGUGGGGCAAGAGCAGCAAUACGGAAAGAGAGAGGGAUUUGAAGAUUCAGAGGACUCGAUGAAAGAAUGUCAGUCAAUGUCAUGGUUUUGUUGCUAUCAUUAUUAGAUUAUGAUUAUAUUCUUAUUAUCAUCAUUAUUAUUAUUAUUAUUGUUCAUAUUCUUAGUAUGGAUUUAUAACAAUCUAUUACACAUUUUAAAGUUGAGAUAACUUUAAUAUCAAUUAUUAGUUUAGUGUGAUUGUCACGUGAUUAGUAACUCGCAGCUGUUUGCAAUUGAAUCAAAUUUGUAUGUGUAA